GUUUGCUUUUGUAUCCCUACUGCAUCUUCCAUAAUGGCGUCUUCUGCAUCUUCCCAGAUACCCUCGUCCAUCUUGAUUGUCGGAAGCGGUGCUUUUGGGCUUUCUACUGCAUAUUCUCUAUGUCGAAACCCCCUGUUCAAUCACACUUCAAUCACUGUUGUAGACCGUCAUCCGUUUCCUACUCCAGAUGGCUCCAGCAUUGAUACCUCACGAAUCAUCCGUCCAGACUAUGCAGCCGCACGCUACACCCGCCUCGCUACUAUCGCCCAGAACCACUGGCGAACCGAUUUCGCGACCGAACACUACCAUGAGGUUGGACUAUGUGUGACCGCCUGGGGUCCCGAGCAAAAAUACGUUUCCGAAUCUCUCGCAAACGUCCGCGCCAUAGGAACAGAUAAGGUCGAGGUGCUCAAUUCAGCAGAGGAUAUCCAGAAAGCAUGCGGCUUGGAAGGCAAGGAUCCUUGGGGCAAUGGCAGCACAGGAUACGUCAACUGGAGUUCAGGCUGGGCCAACGCUGAAGGUGCCAUGAUGUGGCUGCGCGAAAAGGUGGAAAAGCUGAAAAGAGUCAAUUUUGUAACGAAGCCCGUACAAAAACUUCUGAUCGACCAUAAAACCAACACCGUUUCCGGCGUUCGGCUCAGCGACUCGAGUGAAUUGAAGGCAGACCUUACCAUGCUGGCAGCAGGAGCAUGGACAGCGUCUCUCAUUGAUCUGCGUGGAAUCUGCAAGGCAACUGGCCAAACACUGUGUUACAUGCCAAUCUCUGAAGAGGAGGAAGCCAAAAUGUCUAAGCAGCCGACUAUCCUAAAUCUCUCCCAUGGUCUCUUCAUGAUUCCUCCUCACAAGGGAUUGCUCAAAGUAGCGCGACACGGCCAUGGCUACAUCAAUCCAACUACAAUUCCACACCCAGAAUCAGAAGACCCGAACGAGACGAUUACAGUCUCUCUGCCCUAUACCUCUUUCGAUGAUCCAUCGCAAGCAGCACCGAUUGAAGGACAGCGACAAUGCCGCAAUUUUCUGGCUGCUAUUCAUCCCUCACUUGCUACACCCUCGCGGCCAUUUACCAAGUCUAAGAUCUGUUGGUACACUGAUACAAGAGACGGUGACUUUUUGAUCUCGUACCACCCCAAGUACAAGGGAUUGUUUGUAGCGACGGGUGGCUCAGGACAUGGUUUCAAGUUCCUGCCAGUCAUUGGUGACAGUAUCGUGGAGUGUAUACAAGGGCGGACACCGGAAGACUUCAAGGGCCGUUGGGAGUGGCCGGCUGAGCGAAUCCCGGAAGAGCAGUGGGCCGGUGAUGGAAGUCGGGGUGGCCCGGUUGGGAUGGUGUUGCAAGAUGAAAUGGCUAAAAGCCAGGGCAAGUUGUAGAUGAUGGUUAUGGUCGAAAAUCUGUUCAAUAUGUAAAUAUGUCCUGACACAUACGUCUUAGCCCUUUCGUAGAUAUAUAUAAUCUCCCUAUAUAUGCCCCUCU